GUAUCUUACAGAGCUCGACACACCGGGAUCUUGAAGAUUGUGGCUCAGAUGGUGGCUGUCUGGGUACUGGCCUUCUUAGUGCAUGGGCCAAUAAUUCUAAUUUCAGAGUCUUGGAAGAAUUCCAGUUGGAGAGUCUUGGAGGAGAAGGCUUGUGAACCUGGAUUCUUUACCGUAUGGUACAUCCUCGCCAUCUCGUCUUUCUUUGAAUUCCUGGUCCCAGUCUUCGCAGUGGCCUAUUUCAACACGUACAUUUACUGGAGCCUGUGGAAGCGUGGCAAUCUCAGCCGGUGGCAAAGCCAGCCCACACUCCCUUCUCCUGUGUCUCCCAGUAACUGUGGAUCCUCACUCAGGGGUGGACUGUUUUCAAGAACAUCUCUUCCUGGACUGAAGGAAACAGUACCCUCUACUCCUUUGAAAGGGCAUGAAAGAAAGAGCAGUCUCUUGUUCUCUUUAAGAGCCCGGAUGAAUGGCAUUAUAAUCACUUCCAAACUGGCUUCCCUCACCCAUUCUGAUUCCCUAAGUUGCCACCAAAGGGAACAUAUUGAACUGCUCAGAGCCAGGAAAUUAGCCAAGUCACUGGCCAUUCUCUUAGGUGUUUUUGCCUUUUGCUGGGCUCCCUACUCCCUGUUCACAAUCAUUCGUUCAGUUUACCCACUAGACCAGCGUCCUCAAAUAGUUGGGUAUGAAAUCACGUUUUGGCUCCAAUGGCUCAAUUCCUUUGUCAAUCCUUUUCUGUAUCCAUUGUGUCACAAGCAUUUCCAGAAGGCUUUCUCGAAAAUAUUUUGUAUGAGACAGCAAUCCAUAUCAUCACAAAAUCGGUCAGUGUCCUCUUAAAGUUAAUUUUAUCCUUUGUAAAAAUUUUAGGCUUAAUCUCACCUACAGGAAUUUGAUCUGACUUUCAUUUUGCCUUUUCCACUCUGCCAGGAAAGUCCAUAAAAUUGUAACACUUGAAAACUUAAAAAAAAAAAAAAAAUCGGAGCCUGGAAGUCAAGGGAAAAUUAUCCUGGUGAAUAAUAAUAGUACAAUUAGAAAUAGAUGACAAUGUUUUUGUAAACUCAUAGCCACAAAUGCACUGUACUUUUUUUACUCAUUGCCUCUUCCUUGUCUUUUAGAUCUUGAUAUAGCAUUGAUGGUGAAAGUUAAGAGUUCUUGUUUUCUUUCCACGUUCAGUGUUUGCUAUAGCCUUAAGUGAAUUUCCCUUUUUAUUUUAUAGUGAUGAAAAAUUGUCAAGUUUUAAAGCCAUUUUUCCUAAAGUAUACAAUGGAAAAGGGGGCUAUAUUGCCUUCUUUGCUGGAGGUGGGCAUUAUGAUCAGUGGGCAGGCGUGCUGAGGUUUGAAUUGUCAGAAGCAGGGGGUGAGGGUGUGCCCAGAUGGAAAAGUGGAAGGCCCGUGUACUUCCGGACUCUAUGUUCCUGAUCCCAGGAAAGAAGGAAGUGUGGGGAGGGAAGAGCAGGUAACUGCAGCUCUCAAAGUCCUCCAGUGCCGUUAUCUGGGAGGCUUGGCAAUCACAGGAUGAGCGAGUGAGGGACGGACAAGAUCAUCCUCUGAUUGAAAGGAUGGCUUUCCUUUUUUCCUUCCUGCCCUCUUCUUCCAACUUCCACAUUGGCUAAGACCUGUGUGAGAAAAUAUGGAAGAAAAGAGAAAGGCUAAGAGAUAACAAAAGGACUAUAUGAUUAAACCUGAUGUACCUGGUAUAACAUUCACAGAACUA